AUGGGAGUAAGGCAUCAAGAUUCACGACGUGAACAAUGGAGCAAUAUAGAAAACAAUGGUUUGUUAUGAAACGUUUUAGGGCAAUAGUGCAUGGUAAUUAACAGUAAUUUUCCACAAUCGUUUACAGUGCCGAUAGUUUUCGGCAACCGUAAGCAAUGAGGGUUUAAGUUAGU